GGCAGCCGUCCGCCCAAGGGGUGGGCUCUAGGGGGCGCCCUCAAGAGAGGGGCGGGGCGCUCAUGUUCCAGAGACCCACCGGCAGGGGCCGCGGCGGGUCCUUCUCUCCGCUAGUCUUCCGGUAGUCGCCGCUCCGGGCCUGCCGCCGCGCCGUCGUCACCGUUGCCGCCUCCGGGUCCGGGCCCCCGGGGCCCUCCCGCCGCCACCAUGAAGCUGCGGGUCCGGCUACAGAAGCGGACCUGGCCGCUGGAGAUGCCAGACGCGGAGCCGACGCUGGGCCAGCUACGCGCGCACCUGAGCCAGGCCUUGCUGCCCACUUGGGGCUUCAGUUCUGAUACCCGGUUUGCAAUCACAUUGAACAACAAGGAUGCCCUCACUGGAGAUGAAGAGACCUUGGCUUCAUAUGGGAUUGUUUCUGGGGACUUGAUAUGUUUGAUUCUUGAAGAUGCCAUUCCAGCACCUAACUUACCUUCAUCCACAGAUUCAGAGCAUUCCUCACUCCAGAAUAAUGACCAACCCUCUUUGGCCGCCAGCUCCAAUCAGUCCAGCAUACAGGAGGAACAGCCCAGUGCUUCAUUCCAAGGACAGGCAGCCCAAACUGAUGACUGCAGUGAUGACAAUAUGUCGGGGCCUAGUCAGGCUUUGGAAGCUGGCUCAGUUCAAGAUGUUGUGGAUAUGGAAGAGGGCACAGGUGUCUUUCCCUCAGAACCGAUGCUCUGCAGUGAGGCGGUAGAAGGGCAGGUGCCACAUUCAUUAGAGAUCCUGUAUCAGUCAGCGGACUGUUCUAAUGCCAAUGACGCCUUGAUAGUAUCGGUGCAUCUUCUCAUGUUGGAGUCAGGUUACAUACCUCAGGGGACGGAGGCGAAAGCUCUGUCCAUGCCCGAGCACUGGAAGUCAGGCAGUGUGUAUAAGCUGCAGUACACGCACCCUCUCUGCGAGGGUGGCUCUGCUGUUCUCACCUGUGUGCCUUUGGGAACGCUGGUUGUCAUAAACGCUACACUAAAGAUCAACAGUGAGCUCAGAAGUGUGAAAAGAUUGCAGCUGCUGCCAGGAUCAUUUAUUUGCAAAGCAGAACCAGGUAAGAAAAGCAUGAUUGAACUUUGGGGAUGAAGCUUUGAGAGGUUCACUUUAGAAAGCCUGAAAGGUAAUGUCUGAGAGACUGAAAAUUUCUGAAUGAGAUGAAAACAAAUUUAAGAUAUGUUGCAGAGUAUCUUUUUCUUUCCUGCUUUUCUUAGGUUCUUGCAGUGCUGGAUGAUAUGUGUACUGCCAUUAUGGAAUGACACUAGUAUGUAGUUCAUCCCAUGCUAUACCGAUGCUUCCUAAUUUCUGAAUUAAUCUUUGGAUUUUCCCAGCAUCGUAUUUAACCAGUAUGGAGAGGGUCUGUGUUUUGUGCAAACCAUACAGUGCGCCUUCAUUAUUGAAGAUUAUUGGAGGAAAAACUACUCAGAAUUGUUAGCUUCAACUGACAUAGAUUUGGUGGCCGUUUGAUCAGAUUGGAACUUUAUCAGAAGUUUGCCUUCUAGGCAUGGUUUUGCUUGUGUUCUAUAAGAUUAUUAGUAGGUGCAGAGACAAAUUUUCCUUUUUAUUUUUUCAAUUAAACCCAGAGUAUGAGAAGCAGGUAGGCAGUUGAAGGAGAGGAGAUGGGUGGAGCAGGGACUCGCAUCUUGAAGUGCUGGUUUUGUGCUGGACCUGCACCUUGACAGACGCUCUUCCAUUUCGUCCUCCUAGUCAACUUGGGAGGGUUUUACAGUCCAGCUGUGGCGUGGCCUGCUGCCGUGGGGCGGUGCCAUUGACAGCAGAGUCUUGGAGGGAAGGCUGCCUAGAUCUGGGUCUUUGCUUUGAAGGCCUAGAGACUUACUCUUGUUGGUUCCUUGGAGACAUCAGGCCCUGCGGCCCAUGAACUUCCACAGAUCAAAACUGAUGGGAAAAGGGGACGUCCGGAUGUGUACUUAUAAUGGUCUCUGAACAUUUAUCGUCACCCUAGACCAGUGUUUUCUCAGCCCUCUUUGCAUUAUCAAUCCCCUGAGGAGCCUUUGUAGAAAAUUCACCCCCCACCCAUUCUCUUCCAUGAAAUUUUAAUACCGUAGAUAUAGUGUAUUUUCAUUUGUGUACUGUGGCUCUUUGGAGGGUCACAAACCAAUGGUCUAGCUAGGGUUUUUUAAUUUGCCCUCUGAGAACCAGUUUUUGUCCCAUUGUGGGUGACACUGCCCCUGCUGAGGGUGCACAAACUGGACUGAUAAAUCUGUAAAGGUGGUCUUACCAUUGGGACCGGAAAAACUUGAAAUUCCUUGGCCACAACACUUUAGUUCUGUCGACACUAGGGAGGACCUGCUAUGGGGAGUAGAAAUACUCUACACUCCACAGUAGUAGAGGUUAUUAUGCCCAUUUUACAGAUUAGGAGACAGGUCUAGAGAAGGUUAAAAAUUACUUCAAGGUCACAGAGCUAAUAAAUGGUGGAAUUCAGGAUUGGAAUAUAUUUGACUCCUAAGCCUGUUUUUUUUUUUUUUUUAAAGAUU